AGAUGCAAGGCAAUGAGGUAACCAUCCCUUCAACAUCGAGACCAAUGCACAGUCGGCAAUGAAGAGUUCGGCCUGAUGUGGAACACCUCCUGAAAGAUGGAGAAGGAGCCCGGUCACUAUCGCUACGACUCGUAUCCGACUGUGUCCAAAUCGAACACCAAUUCCCUCAAAAGAGACACUGCCAAGAAGAAAAAGGACGAGUCCUCCUGUUGCUGCUUCAGCAAGAAGGCUAGGCGGAGAAGUAAAGCGUUCCUGGCUGGGCUUGCAACUAAUUUAGGAAUAUGUAUUUUGCUGUUCGGCUACACCUUGAUAGGAUCUGUGAUCUUCUUGGCGAUAGAAGGAGGUAGCACCUACCAACACCAGAUUCUAGCUACGACCUCAUUAUCGCCGAGCUUAAGCAGUGGCAGUAAAGGGUUCCUCAACACCAGCGCCGAGCUUAAAGCUAAGGCUGACGAAGCCAGGGCCAAAACUGUUGAGAACAUUUGGGAUAUCACUGUUAGCCUAAAUAUUUUGUACAGAUAACUGGACUAGAUUGGCAGCUCAAGAAAUCACAAGGUUCCAGAAUGAACUACUGAAAUCAAUGGCUGAAGAAAUGGCCUCGCAGCAGCCCGUUCAGGUGGCCAAACUGGGAGGCAAACACAUACAGCCUGACAACUACGAAUGGACUUUCGCCAAGGCCUUUUUGUAUUCACUGACGGUGCUGACAACAAUUGG